GAGAAGGGCAAACUGAAAUGUUAACGGUUUUGAGAUGGCUCGAAGAGGGGCCCUCUAGCUUAGCAUAAAAAGAGAGUUCGGGCUCUUGGGAGACAUCAGUUCUCCUCUGUGCAGACGACAAGAUGAAGGCUGCUCUGCGUCUCUUCGUAGCUGUGUUUUUCUUCACGACAUUCGUGGCUUCCUUGGCCAUCGUCAAUGCUGAACCAAUUCCCCAUCACCAUCACCAACACCAUCGUCACCAUGGCCAUGGAGGCAGCGGGGGAGGCAUUGCCGCCGGGGUCGUGAUUGGAGGGGGAGGAGGAGGCGUAGGACCACACAGAGGUGGAGCCGUUGCUGGAGCUGGAAUAGUAGCUGGAGGAGGGAGCCACCAUGGAGGAUAUGGAAAGUAACUAUUGACGUCCCUUCAAGAGUCAUCAAAAUCAACAACUGCUGACAUCGUGAUUGAUGGUUUCUGCUAAAUUUUAUUUUUAGACAUUUUUAUAAGGAUUUCUUUUUAAACUCAUUUAUUUUUAGUUUUCUAAUUACAUUUAUCACGGCGUCAGUAGCCUAGAUGUUGCGACGCCAGUUGUAAUAGACUAAUCAAUCAAUCAAUCUCUAAACAAAAAUAACAAGAGUUCAUCAUUAAAAUUUGAUUAACUUUUGAAAAUUAAAUGUUUGAAUUUUCUGAUAAAAUCACCGUUUGAUUAAGAUUGGAAAUAAAUACUGAAGAUAUAA